AUGGUGAUGACGUUCGUGCUGCAGAGCUCCUCAUUCGGGGUUCUGCAAGCAGCCACCAUGGAUCGUCAUAUCGGCACAACGAGAUUCCAGAUACCAGCAGGCUCCAUCUUAAUCAUUGAGAUCAUGACCUUCAGGGUGUGGUCAGGCUACUACGACUCCUACAUACUCCCCCUGCUCAGGGGGUUCACGGGGCGGCAACGCGUGCUCAAGCUGAAACAGCGCAUGGGCAUCGGCUUGUUUCUGGCCGUCGUGUCCAUGGCGGUGGCGUCGGCAGUGGAGUACGUGCUCAUGGGGCUCGCGGAUGCGUUCGGCAGCAUUGCGCAGAUCGAGUUCUACUACGCGGUGCUCCCCAAGUCUAUGGGCAGCUUCGUGCUGGUGCUGCUCUUCUUCGGCGGCGGAGUUGCGAGCAUCAUGGGGACCGUGAUCCUCAAGUUCGUGAACGUGGUCACCGGCAGGGGUGGGGUGGUCCCGUGGAUCUCCGACGACCUGAACCUGGGUCGCUACGACUGCUACUACCUAUUGCUCGCAGUUCUUGGCGCCUUGGACCUGGUCUACUUCAUCGUUUGCGCUUACGUUUUCAAUGAGACAAUGCAGAACGUGACACUGGAAGCGGGUGCUGAUGGCGAAGCAGAAGAAACAGUACAGUUUCGAGGCUAG